AGAGAAAUCGCGACCACCGAUUGGAGUGGAGAUUCCCGGCGAGAGCCUAUAAAACUGGGAAAGACAACAGCAGGAACCAGCAAAGGCAGAGAACGUGAGAAAUUCCAGGAACUGCACAGUGUCCAUCUGUCCGUCCCCGUGUGACUGAAACUGAAUCAGAUUAAGGGUAAGGAGCCUUGGAGAAAGACCAACCUGCAUGUUCCUACAGGGCUGUGUGAGUGUGUCUGGGAGGAAAGAUGCUGGGCUGUGGAUGUGUGCUGCUCUCUGGUUUGCUAACACUGACCCUGUUCCACUGCAGUGCGGAAAGCCUUCAUGUUCCCCAAGAACGAUCAGAGUAUGUGGAACCAUCUGUCGUGGAGGGCCGUGGUGUCCAGCGAGGCCAAACUGAGCAGAAAACCUCAGGAGCCGUGAACGCUAAACUCCUCCUGCACGACCAACUAUUCCGACUAGAGAACGAUGUCAUUGAGCCCAAGAGGAAACGCAGCUUCCCCGGAUCCAACACGCCUCUUGACCGCCUGUCAAUCAGUACCAUGGAUCCCAAAAGCAACAAGCAGAGGAAGGCGGUUGAGCUGCCACGGCGACGAGUCAUCCCUCCGAUCGACCGGAUUGGCGUAGGCCGUCUUCCCAACAACCGAGGUUAGACUCCGCUUCAGACCACGCCCUGACACACAGAGGGUAAUUUCACAGGUAGAUGAUAUGCAUGAUAAGCACACCAGCCGACACAACUCACUAACCACUGAACGAUCUCAACGUACUCAACACACUUUUAACCAUCGCUGCUCCAGAGCUGCACUUUCUCACUGAUUACUGAUUUAGACCUUCAAUAUCCGAUCAAACUGUUUAUUUCCAGUUCAUAUAAAUUCAACAUCUAAACUGCGUAGCUUUCAUAAAAUGAGUUCUGUUUAUAAUGUCAGAAUCAUUAGCCAAUCAGAGAGGAAUCUGCUCAUGGCUUCCAUUGCACAUCUCAAUAUUUACUCCAGUGCCUCACGACCUCUCGCUUGCUGUAAUAUACAUAACUAUUGUCAUUUUCUCAUUUUGACUGGAGGCUAUUUAGCCUUGACAAUAA